GGCAAAAAUACCAUUCGACGUAAUAUUUUUUUCAAAAAAAUCUGGGUCACAGCCGACCCAUCAUCAAUUUCUAUAAUUUAACACAGACAAUACCACAAUACGCUUCUAUGUACCCAGCAUACUAAUUAAUUUAACAAAAAAAUUAUAUAAAUUCCCUUAUGCGUGGUCGAACUCUCAGUAUCGUUCACUCUGUCCACGCAGGCAUCGAUUACGAUGAAGCCGCUGCUCCUUGUUUUCCUCAUGACGUACGUCACGUGCGACCUCUCGCCCUCUCGCUUCCGCCCGCACACCAUAUACGGACCCCCUCAGCCAAGCAGCAACCUGAGGAUCCCCUCAAAGCUCACCAUCGAGGAUCUGAUCCGUUUGACCGAGAGACUCCAGCACGGCAGACCUCAAAACAUCCUCCAGCCCUCACUUCAACUUCCCCAAAGCUCCUAUGGACCUCCCCAGUUCGCCCAAGCGGGCUCCUCCAACAACCAGCUGCGUCCACCCUCCACCAGCUACGGAGUGCCCGACCUAAGGAACAUCGAAACGCUACAGAAGCAAAUGGACGCUCUGAAGCCCCCACAGAAGCCCCCCACCGGUUUCAACUCAGCACCUCAGUCCAACCAAGCGAGUUUGUUCCCUCAACAGAGUGAGGGCAGCAACAACGUGCCUCAAGGGCAGUACCUGCCUCCCCUCACCACUCCCAAGACUGCUCAGCAGUCGACCACGACCACCUCAAGACCUCGGACUACCACGGGGGCGCCCAGGGACUUUGAGUACGACUAUGAGGCGCCCACUGAGGAGGCCGCCCUCAAUGACGACGACAAUUCGAACAGCGACAGCCCCAACGUGUCCAUUUCCAAUGCUGUGGCUGGCGGUACGAACUUCUUUUAUCUGCAACAGCCCGAUGGGCGGCUGCAGAGGGUGGUGCUGCAAAGAUCGAGGGAGCCGAACGGUAAACCUGAGGAGUACGUGGCUAAUUAUUACUUCCAGAACAUCCAGGCGGUGCCCAAUGCUGUCUAUACGCCUUUGGUCAGCUUGGGUGCUGUGUUGAAGAAGUAGGUUCGAUUUGAGUUUGGGUGGAGUUGAUGGAGGUUUAAUAAAAUUAUUUUUUUUUGGAAAAAAAAAA